CGCAGAGCAUUUUCUUCCAUAAAUACCCCUGAGGAGGAAGACACGAACACCACCUUUGUUUUUCCCUCCACUUUCUUUUUUUGUCAGGAACAGCUUGUUUCCUCCCUUACUUCAUCAUUUACUCACCCCUCUUUCUACUUUCUCACUCCCCACAUCCCUCUCGUUUCCUCAACCACAACAGUCCCUUCCCAGUUUAUCACACAAUAGGCAUUCGUCCUAGAACACCAUGUCCAAAGAUACCACCUACACACGUAUUGCUUCUAAAACGUGCGAAGAAGCAGAAUCCCUUGGGCCUCAAGGCUAUCUAUAUAACCAUCGUGAUCUUGCCACACGGUCGAAGCAACUCUUUCACUUGACGGCGUACUCGGUCACAGGCGCUGCGCUCAUGGGGUCGUCCAUUGGACUGGUUGUCUACCAAAGGCGACAGCUCUCGAUCCUCAAUAGCACCGCAGGCCCGAUAGCAUCUUCACCAUCAAGUCCAUCACCCGUAACAACAACAACGCUGCUCCAACAGCUCUAUACCUUUGUACUAUCGACCUGGCUCCCAUUCUUAAUAUGGUGGCUCGCCCUCAUGACGACCUCGAUCUUCAUUCGGUCCCGGAAAGUAGUGCCCAGUGUGCUUUCCGCACGGACGGCAAUCUUGACAAGCCAAGCAGCGUUUGUGGUCUUCUGGGUGAUCCUCGCGGCUGUGCAGGAGGUCGAGGAGAAGCUGGUUUCGAAAGCAUGGGAGCAACAGGAGACGGAGAGUUAUGGAGCGCAGGACAGGACGAUGCAAUAUGACGGCAUGGCGCAGGAGCGGGCUCUCUUGAUCUCAGAAACAAGCGUAAGCAAAAGUAUGCAAGCGGUGUGUGUGCUAUGGUACUUAGCCGUGGCAGUCUUAGGAAUUGCGACGGGGUUAUUGACGACGAGUAGCUCGAUCCUUGAAGAGCAAUUGGAGAGCGAGUAUCAGGAGCUGGUGCAGUGGGAGGACAGUCGGUGCUCUACAGAGAAGGCGGAGGAGGAUUCUACGAAGGGGGGACAGGGCAUGUCAAGAUCACAGCGAAGCCAUGGCCGAGGAGCGGUGGCGAGAUGGUACACGCUGAGGCAGCAGAUGGCAUUGAUGCUGUUGCUGCUGGUGCUGCUUAUAACACAGGUGCAGUUCUUUCGGUGGAUUAUCUCACAGGGCAAGGACGAAGGGGCAGCGGCCGGAGGCAUAUCAUCACCGCUAGCAGCCAUAGGAAUUGUUUCUGGGGUGACGAUGAUGCGCCUUGGGGCGAAGUUGAUUCCUCGGUAAGAUUCCUCGGUAAUUUUUCUCCUCGGCUUAGCUUGGAGGGCGAGAAACGUUUUCCGCCCAUCUUUUCGCGUGUAGAUAGCCUAAAUAUGUAUAUUCCUAACAAACAAAAAACUUUCGCUGUGUCAUGCGUAAUCCCUUGUGUCCUGUGCUAUUUGUGUACAGUACUUGUCAGGAGAUUUCCUUAGUCCGCCUUAGAAUCUGAGAUCUGUUUUUUCGUGUAUAGUGCAGGAUUCCGCAUUUUUUUUUUUUUUUUUUUUAAUGUGAAU